UUUCUCUGCUAAGAUUGUUUUUAAGAUGUACAACUCACUAGGCAAGCCAUAAAUAUUCAUUUCUUUUUUGUUUAUUGUACAAUCUCUAGUGUUACAUUUCAAGCUUUCCUAGAAAAUGCCAAAAGUCGUGAUUGUUACAAGACGCAGUGAAAUAUAAUGUUUCACAAUGGCGACUCUAACCAUCACAACUACACACCUGCCACAAUAGAGUUUACAAGAAUAGAUGUCGUCCCAAAAAUAACUCACGUAUUCUCGCGUAGUAAAGAUCUUCAAGCAUGAAAACAUACAAAACUUAUGCCUCAGUUCGUGGCGUGUAAGCAAAAUCAAAUAGUUGACCAGUGAAUGAAAUCAGCACUCUCGAAAAGCACACUGGCAGUGUUGGGUUUGGGAAUGCAAACUGUGCAAUUAUCGCCAGACUGCCUCCUCCCACACCAACCUCCCUCGCAGCAAAACUGAUGAAUGUGCGGAAAAAGGCGUAAUGAUUUGUGCGAAACAUUUCUAUAUCACAUUUAACGAUCGACGGACAGCGUAAAGCCGCAGAAUAACAUACAACAACACAUCGUGCAGGGCGUGUAUUUUCCAUCAUGUGGAGUGCGGCACCAAUCAUGGAGCCCAAAGUGCCGGAUUUGUACGAGUUUUUGGCAGAAGCCGAGUUGCAGCAGUAUUAUAACUCGCUAAAAAACGAACUGAAGAUAACGAACGUCACACACCUUAAGUAUGCAACCGAUGAGGAUCUAAGACAAGUUAGUGGGUUGUCGCGACCCGAAAUCAGACGUUUGCGGAAGUAUUACGAAAAGUAUUAUCCGCACGGAUACCUCAACAAGAUACGUCGGCUGCUGCAAACGCCACGCAAGGAUGAGAACAAUCCAAACAGUCCGACCUCGAGCGUCGAACCGAUUAAAGCGUGCCCUUCGCCGAGCAAAAUACCCAACAACAAACAUAUCAUCCCGCCCGAUGCUAUAUGCGUGAACAAGCAGCUUGGCACUGGCGAGUUCGGCAUUGUCCAGCAAGGAGUGUGGACGAACGGUUCCGAAAGAAUACAGGUAGCUAUCAAAUGCCUUUGCCGGGAGCGUAUGCAGUCCAACCCGAUGGAGUUUCUCAAGGAGGCGGCGAUGAUGCACUCCAUCGAACAUGAAAACAUAGUGCGCUUGUAUGGCGUAGUACUCGAUACAGAAUCACUUAUGCUCGUAACGGAGCUGGCGCAUCUGCGCUCGCUGCUAGAGUGCCUCAAAGACCCGGGUUUGCGAGUGAGCUUUCUCACCGUGCCCACGUUGUGUGAAUUUGCGUCGCAAAUCUGCAACGGUAUGAUGUAUCUCGAAAACAAACGCUUCAUUCACCGAGAUCUGGCCGCUCGUAACAUUCUAGUGUUCAGCAAGAACAAGGUGAAAAUCUCCGACUUUGGCUUAUCCCGAGCGCUCGGCGUCGGAAAGGACUAUUAUCAAACGAACUUUAACGUUAAUCUCAAGCUGCCGAUUGCGUGGUGCGCACCGGAAUGUAUUAACUUUCUGCGAUUUACGCACGCAUCGGACGUGUGGGCGUUUGGUGUUUGUUUGUGGGAAAUAUUCUCGUACGGAUUUCAACCUUGGGCUGCCCUGACCGGACAUCAAAUUUUGGAAGCAAUAGACGAACCACACUACCAACGGCUCGAGAAACCAGAAUGCUGCCCUAAGGAAUAUUACGCUCUGAUGCUGAAAUGCUGGCAACAUGAUGCCGCCAAACGACCCAAAUUCAGCGAUAUAUUCCUUAUGCUUCCCGACAUUAAGCCGGAACAGUUGAAAACAAUCGUAGCAUACAGUGAGCACAAAAAAGAUUACCUGAUGUACCGUCAAGGCGAAAUCAUUACCGUUUUGGAUAAGAAUAAUAACGCGCCGUACUGGAAGGGUGUGCUCAAUUCAGGCAAGACGGGUUUGUUCAACCCUGCGAAUACGGUGGCCUACCUAGAUAGUCUGCCAUCGUCUGUAAAUCGGGACAGCUUCUGCAGAACAGCUGAGCGAUCUAGCAAGCGCAAAAUACGCACUGACAUGAUCUCCCGGCCACAGAACGAUCUAAAACACACCGGCCACGUUGGGAUCGAUGGAGUUUCAUUUGGAGACGUUGCCUUUUUAUCUAGCCCACAAAACCUUCCACGCCAAAUUGUAACACCGUACAAGCCUUCCGAAGAUUUGGAACAAACGCCUUUGCUGCUUCCUCCAACGCCUACCAGUCCGGAUUCCAUUCAAACUGCGAGCGGUUAUUUUUCCGAAACGCUGCAGCUAGCCGGUCACCAAUCUUUCAUAAACGCCGGCGAAAAUCAUCAUCAUAUAAUUGACCACGGCGGCACUGCAAGUACUGUUGUCGAUGGUCUCACAACUAGUGCAUUUGAUUUCCGUAAUAGCGGUUUCAAGGACUCGAAUCCCUUCAUCAAUGCUGACGAUAAUGGGGAUAAUGCAGCAGCCUACAAUAACACAGCCGUCGCAACGUCCUCAAGGGAUGGACAAAAUCAGCAUGAAUAUCAUGAAAUCUCCGACGAUGACAUCGCCACGGAGAAAGUUUUCGAUCAAGGACCUUCUUUGAUGGACGAAAUGGAACAUGUGUUCAAAUCCAUGAGCACAAUCUCUGAGCAGGGCGUACCGCUGUCCCCCGACGCGGAGAAUACUAACAUGCGUAACGAGCUGGCAGAACUGUCGUCUAAAAUGAGUCGAAAAACUAGUUCCUCUACUAGUGCGGGAACACUUGGUAGCAAAGGAAGUAAAGCAAAACCCAAAAAAGCCAGCACAGUUAAGCCCAUUUCAAUGAAAGAUGAAAAACUGUUGAAUCAAGUGAUUGAAAUGGCAAAUGAAAUAAGUGCCAAAUCCAUGACGGACCUGGUGACGGAUGCAAACCAUCAAACUUUGAGCCCGAAGCGUAAAUUCAGCUUCCGCUUUCCACACAUCCACAAUGUGGUUGGAGGUGAUGGUUUACGGGGCUCCUCGAACAGUAGCAUCGCGGGCAAUCAGCCGCACGUCUCUGGCUUGAGCGCUGGAAGCUCUUCACAUGCCGGACGCGGCUUACAGGACAAAGAUCACGGUAUAUUGUCAGGCGCUGGACAGCACCACCCUCACAGUUCGAAUACGUUAACGAAUUCGUAUCGCGAGAAACGUAACUUUUCUCAGGAAGUGAACAAUGUGCCGGAUUUACAGCGCUAUCGAUCUCUGACAGGGAUAGAAAAUUGUCAGAACAAUGACAUCAGAAUACCCCUGUUCGAUAAAGAAUCGUCGGACUUUUGUUUCAAGAAGUCGCGGGAGUUGUUAAGCAAACAGCCAUUCAACAUGACGACUGACCUGUCUUCGGUGACGGCUAAACUGAACGGUAGCAAAACGCUCGACAAGAAAACGCGUGAUUUGAUUGGAGAAAAUUUGCUGGAUAUCGAAAAAACUCUAAAUGCGCUGAAUCUGGACUUUCUACAGACCUACCACGAGCUGGAAAAGGCGGAUUCUGCCGAAACGCUCUUCGUCGAAUGUUACUCUUCCAUGAUGUGUUCAUCGUCGCCAUUUCAAAAGAGUCCCCCAUCAGGAUCGCUUAUACGAAAUUCUUCAAUUGAAUCAUCCAAUUCGCGGGUAAAUUGUGCUCUCAGCGAGAAAGGAUCUUCCGGAUCAUCGUCCGUCACCGGCAAGAGUCCGCCAAGCAUUGGUUUGGGAGGAAGUGCUGCUGGAAAUGUUCCAACCAGUGGCGGAGUCAGUCGCUGUUUCUCGGAGUUAAACGGAACGUCUCCUAAGCCAGUGAUGCAGCAAGAUCACAACAAUAAGUAUGGUAUUCGCGAUUUUAAAUUUCGCUCAUUUGACGCUCGCCCGAAGGAACGGUCGGAUUACUACAACAUCAAGAAUGAAUAUCUUUCAGAGCUGACGCGCAAACAGCAAAGCCAGGUGCUUGGCUCGGCUUCCGUUCUGCAGCAAACGGGCGCUGUUGGUAGCAAACAGCAGCAAAGCCAAAAAAUAAACCAGCUCUAUCAAAUUUACAACACGCCAAUGCAGGGCCGAAAGUAUAAAGAUAGUUCAGCUUCUAUAACUGCCCCAUCCUCAUCCGCAGUACGCCAACGAUCUUUAUCCUUUACGGAAAACUAUGAACUGAAACCAUCGCUAACUUCUAAUAAAAGUGGAACGAUUGUCAAAACGCAGAGUGAAUCGCAGCCAUCGGUACCGCCACUACUAACAACAGCGCGUAAUGUAAUAACCUACAAACCUAGAAGCAUUCGCGCUCGGAACUUGCGACGUCUCAGCUACAAUCCGAUAAACAUGGUCGACAGCUCUUCGUCUAGCAGUGAGAGCGAACUCGACCGUAAUCUAGCCCAUUCCGAAUGUGACAUACGGACCCGGCUUCACACAACGGCCACUCGGCGCCGGAGGCAUCAUUACAUGACUCGAAAAUCAAAUAGCAACAGUGCCAGCAGCCAGGAUAAGCUCUACGGUUCAAAUGCGAGCAUCAAAAGUGCUCCGCAAUAUAACUACCACAGCGACCGACGCCAGUAUUAUAAUCAUUUACAGCACCCUCCCUAUCACUACGCUGACGAUUUCGGCAUUAGAGACAAUGACGAGGAAGACGAAAGCAUCUACGAAUUCGGAGUACGCCAUGCGCAUUUACAAUCGGAAGGAAAGCUAACGACCACAUCUACGCACAAGCUGCCGGCGGCCGCGGUGCCUGCAGCAGCUGUAGCUGCAGCUUCAUCGUCCAUGGUACCAGCUGCUUCAUCCCCAGGAUCCGCAUCGCUAGUGAGCGGUGCCAAAUUUGGCGGAACCGAAACACCAAACUACACAAACAAGGCUCUCGAGCGAGAGUAUCUCUACUCAGAGUUCGACGUUUCGAAGCUGACAGGCAAAAGCCCCACCACACAAAGCUACUUUCCGACGGGAACGGUAGCCGGGCAAGGACAGCAACCAGUUCAAAAACCGACCGUCAUCCCAGCGACUGCUAAAACUAAUCCAGUGACGCCAAUCGCAGGAACAAACGCAACACUUGCCACACACUUGCAAGCUCAGCCACAGCCAGGAUUUCAGUGGCCAGAAAAGAUACAUGGCGCAUUCGUGAAACACAAUGAUAUGCUCUGGCGACAGCAACAGCCAGCAACCAUCUACAAAAGCGUUGGGCAAUCGGACAGACACUAUUCCAGUGAUACGUCCUCUACCGAGACAGACUCCAUUGAUUUCCGCCGUCCUGUGGAAUGCUUACCGAUCAUGCCUCCCUCUCCAGCACCUUGAGUCGUUGGAAAUGGUAUAUGUAUGCACUACCCAACAAUACUAGCGAACCUUACGUUAGCUUUCUGACCAUUAAGAGUCGCCAAUCAGCGGUUCUUAUCGUGUAUGGGGAAUCUAAUCCCUAAUGUUUCCUUUCAAAGCACACAACUGGCAAAAGUUUGAUCAAGACUACAUCUUACACUCCAUUUACUAUAUUAUGAUAUGGGUGUAAAAAAAGAUAUGCUCUAAAAUAAGACAUUUGCGACACUAACAAACUAACUGCAUUGCACAAUAUUGAAAGCAAUAAUGGAACAGUUUUGGAAAAUAACAUUUAAAAUUAAUCAAACAUAUUAUGAUUAUGUUACAACGUCGUAAGAAUUACUCAAGUGUAUCACCAUUCGAUAAAUCGUAUCAUUAGGUUCUAUUGAUUAAAAACGUUUGCCAAUAUUGAAGCACCGAUAAUUGAAAGCGGCUUGACGCUUGAAACACAGUGUAAAUACAGAAAGAGCAAUUCUGUUGCAGUAUGUUUGAACGAGCAUCGAAGGUACGCGGUAGGGUAUACUCCAAAUAUCUUUCCAAUUAGACACACAGAAGCUGACGUUAAAUGGAAAGAUCGGUCGUUUUCAAACUGAGCCUCUACUAUUUGUCUUUUCUAUUUACGAUGUAUCGUAAUACACAUACAUGAAUAACAAGGGAAAAUUUUCUGCAUGCAUAGAAAAAACUGUGUCUUUAUUAGUGUGUUUCCUUGUGCUCUAGGAGAUCACUAUUAUUAUUUAAUGCAAAUUUUCUACCUGUCGAAAUUUAGAUAGCACUGUUUGAUGGUUUCAAGCAUCAAGAGUGGAACAACGCCAAAUUUCAGAAGCGUUGUACUAACCUGUGUUAUGUUAAGAUUGGUUUAUUUGGUAUCUUUAUUAUUAAUUAUGUUUUGUAUUUGCUUAUUAUUUUUUGGUUUUGCCUUUAUUUCUUUAAUUUUAUUUUGACUGUUUGCUUUGGCCGUCCUUCCCUGUUUUCCUUGUUUCCCUGUUACAGAGCACAAUUACCGAGGAGGCACGAAUAGCGUACAACAGCCUGGUAGAAAACCCUUGUACGUCAGGUGCCAGCGGCGGCUUCUCGAACAGUGUCGGCCAAGGAGGGAACAGUAGCUUUACCUGUUCCACAUUACCACGGGC